AGUAGAUCAGAGGAAGUUUAUAGAAAUAGACAUGGCGAGUCCUCGAACACGGCGAGUUUUAAAGGAAAUAAAGCCGAAAGAUGGUAACAGUAGUUGUUUCGAAUGCGGGGCACACAAUCCUCAAUGGGUAAGCGUGACCUAUGGGAUAUGGAUUUGCCUUGAAUGUUCAGGGAAACACCGAGGUUUAGGAGUUCAUUUAAGUUUUGUAAGAUCAGUAACCAUGGACAAAUGGAAAGACAUUGAGCUGGAGAAAAUGAAGGUUGGUGGAAACAGUAAAGCAAAAGCUUUCUUCAAGUCUCAACCAGAUAUCCGAGCAGAUAUGUCCAUUCAAGAAAAGUACAACAGCAGGGCAGCAGCACUUUACAGAGACAAGAUUGCAACCUUAGCUGAUGGAAGAUCAUGGUCAGAAGAAACCUCAUCAGCUAAAAACUAUGAACCACCUCUGAGCAGAAAUUCAAGCAGUUCUUCAGUCAGUCGGGCAGCCAAUGGUUCAAAUUCAAUGAGUUAUGGCUCCUCUUCACCUGAAUCCAUGCUGGGAAUAUCGAAGAGUGAAUUAAAUGCUCAAAAAGAGGAUUUCUUCAGCCGGAGACAGAUGGAAAAUGCUUCAAGGCCUGAUAAUCUACCUCCGAGUCAAGGUGGACGAUACACCGGUUUUGGAUCGGCACCAGUUGUAACCGCAAAUAGCUCAGGUUGGGACUCAACAUUUUCUUCUCUUUCAUCUGGUUGGAGUUCAUUUACCACUGGAGCUGCUCAAUUGGCUGCUGUUGCUUCACAACAAGCUGUUAAGCUGGGUUCAACAGUCAAUGAGUCAGUUCUCAAACCAACAGCAUCCAAGGCUGUAGAACUGGGAAGUACUAUGAAUGAAGGGAUGAAGAAAGUAUCAACAAGGGUCCAGGAAGGCAAGCUUCUUGAUGAUGUAACAACCUCUAUGUCCAGUUUGUCCACAAAGAUGCGGGAUGCCAGCUCGAAGGGAUGGACAAAUCUUCAGACUGCCAGUGUAAAAGGUUGGGCAAACAUCCAAACACUUGUCAAUCAAGGCGCUGGUGGUUAUGGAACAAAGUCUCUGACAAGUGGAGGAACCUCUGGAGGAGGAUAUGGUUCAGUUAAUGGUGUGUCAGCAAUGAAUAGUACUGCUACUCUUAAAGAUGAUAAUUGGGAUUGGGAUGGCUAUGAAGAUGUAAAUGAUGAAGAAGCUGAUGAUAAUGAGGCUAGUAAUGGCAAGGCAUCACUGAAAGGCAAUGAUGAAGAUAAUGGGGAUUCUUGGGCAUGGGGAAGUGAUUCUGAAAUCACAAAACAGCCAACCUUAUCCCAAAAAGGCACAUCGCAGAAUACAAGGGAGUCAUUGUCAUCAUCGAGGCGAAAAACAAAAUCGCCACCAAAGACUGAAGCUGCAGUAGCAAAAAAUGAUGGUUGGGAAGAUUUGAUUAGUUGGGACAAUGAUGGAUGGGGCGAGUCCAGUGCCUGGAGCAAUGAAGAAUGGCAGAGUAGUUCAGCUGGUAAAUCAAAGAUAACAGCUGGAGGGAGAGGGGGAAAUAAAGAUGACUGAACUAAAACAUUAUUAAUUAAAUUCAAGUAUUUAAGAUAAGUCCGACAGUCAAUUCACACAUAUCCAAAAUGUAAAUAGGAUUUUGAAAUCUUUUUAAUUAGGCUAAUAUUUGUAUGCAUAGUUCGUUGACAAGUUGGAAGAAAUCCACUGGCUAUCAAUGCACUCUUGAUGUAAUGGUCACUUCAGUCACUGAGUGACUGGCAUCCACUUUCUCCCUACAAUACCACCCCUGAAUCACCCAUUUGAGUCACAAGAAUAGAGAAAAUGAUCACCAUCAAAGAAGCUCUUGAUUGUCAAACAAAUUCUCCUUGCCAGCACCUCAGGAAAUGUAUAGAGAAAGGUACAGAGAAUAUGCAUACAGAUGUUAGAAUUGAACUGGGUUAAAUCUAAGGAUUAAAGAAGAGGUACCUAAUUAAGAUAGAAAAACAUUGGAUAUUGUCACAAUUCAAACUCUAUACUUUUUUUCACCCAUUGUCUUAAAAUCUUCAGUAGUUUAAUUAAGGAAGUGUUGGGUAUUUUUCAGAAGGAGUGGGGAAUUAUUGAAAUUUAAAGCUAAAUGUAACUGGGGUCUGUAAAUUUUUCCUCUCUGUGACAUAGGAGUAUGGGGGUCAGAUCUAUCAGUCACAUAACCUGUCUGAGGAGGAUCUCUUCAAUGUUGUUGUUUGACAGGAAAUCUGCUAGAGUCAAGCCAGCUCUAGU